CCGCUAGCGGUCGCUGUUUCGCUCGCGCUCGGUCCGUUAUUAUUGUCACAGCAGCCGAAGGCCGAAAACAUCCGACACCAUGCCUCCGUCGCGUCGCUUCUGCGCGCGUUUCCCCCGAACCAACGCGCCUCUCGCACAGGCAACAGGCUCGAGAGGCUAUUAACCACAAAACUCGGUCUUUUACGUCGAGUGUUUUAUACGGUUUGACCAUGAGUGUCGGUUACUGCGCCGCGUAACGCGCUCUAGACGGAGAUUAUGGAGUAAACGGGCGUCGCGCGGCCGCUAGAUUCUUCAUAACAGUAACAAUAACACUAUUAUGGCACUCUCGGUGAUCCAGGCGUGUCGUAGUCUGGCCCUGUCCACCUGGCUGCUGUCCUUCUGCUUCGUCCAUCUGCUGUGUUUGGACUUCACGGUGGCGGAGAAGGAGGAAUGGUACACGGCGUUCGUUAACAUCACGUACGUGGAUCCGGUCACGGCCGAGGUCCGCACCGAGAAGACGGAGUGCGGGCGUUACGGAGAGCACUCGCUCAAACGCGAGGCCAGAGGCGUGCUGGCGAUGCCCGCCGCGCCGCAGGACAGACACGCGUGCGAUCCCAACAGCAGGUUCACGCCGCGCGGAUACGGCGCGUGGAUCGCGCUCAUCAGCCGCGGGAACUGCACGUACAGAGACAAGAUCCGAAACGCCGUGGGGAAAAACGCGUCAGCUGUGGUCAUAUUCAACGUGGGUUCCUCCAACCCCAACGAGACCAUCACCAUGUCUGACCCAGAGUUUGCCUUCGUCCAGCUGUGUUUGUGUGUUCUCUCACAUCUGGAUGUCAUGAGUGAUGCUUUAGACGUGAUGUUGGCAUUCAGGUUCAACUGGAACGGUCACUUCAGCGUGCUGCUGGUCAUUCUGCGUCUUAAAUGUUUUGCGUCUGAAGUCGAAGGAGAAAAGCGUUUAUUAAUCACGUUCUGUUCUCUGAUUGGUCAGAGGAGGCUGGGCGACGCUGCCAAAAAAGCCAUCAGCCAGUUACAAGUGCGGACCAUCAGGAAAGGCGAUCAGGAGACGGAGAGUGAUUUUGAUAACUGUGCCGUGUGUAUCGAGGGUUAUAAAGCAAAUGAUGUAGUGAGAAUCUUACCUUGCAGGCAUCUGUUUCAUAAGGGCUGUGUCGACCCGUGGUUGGUGGACCAUCGUACGUGUCCCAUGUGUAAAAUGAACAUCCUCAAAGCUCUCGGCCUCACGUCGAGUGCUGAGUGUCUGAAUGAACUUCCCCUGGACUACGAGCUCGCCGUGGGGGGCGUGGCUCUCAACGCCAUGGUGAUGAGCGAUGAUGUCAUGGCCGGCGAUGUCGUGGGGGGGCGUGACCCCGGAGUGAGGAUGGUGGGUCUCCCUCAGGUCCUCCUGGACUCUGAGCCACUGUCCCAGGACACCUUGCCAACCGAACAGAGUGAGUUACAACCAAUAGCCAGUGGCAGUUCAGAGAUGUCGCUCGCUACGGGGGCGGGGCAUUCGGACAUUGACACGCCCACCGACGACCCAAAGUGCUGAUCUGGCCCCGCCCACUCAUGCUCAAAUGUUUGGGUGACCGCAGCGACGGGCUCAGACGGGUUGAAUGGGCUUUGAAUGGCCAGUGAUUGAGCAUG